AUGAAUGCAUUGGCUGCAACCAACCGAAACUUCAAGUUGGCAGCUCGGCUUUUAGGAUUGGACUCCAAGCUCCAGAAGAGUUUACUCAUCCCUUUCAGAGAAAUCAAGGUGGAGUGUACCAUACCAAAAGAUGAUGGUACCUUGGCAUCGUUUGUAGGAUUCAGGGUUCAACAUGAUAAUGCUCGGGGCCCAAUGAAAGGAGGAAUUAGAUACCAUCCAGAGGUUGAGCCGGACGAAGUAAAUGCAUUGGCACAACUAAUGACUUGGAAGACAGCAGUAGCCAACAUCCCUUAUGGGGGAGCAAAAGGUGGAAUCGGGUGCUCCCCAUCGGAUUUGACCGUAUCGGAACUUGAGAGGCUUACCCGAGUGUUUACCCAAAAGAUACACGAUCUCAUCGGUGUCCACACUGAUGUUCCUGCACCUGAUAUGGGCACUGGCCCACAGACUAUGGCCUGGAUACUAGACGAGUACUCAAAGUUUCAUGGCUAUUCACCUGCUGUAGUAACUGGAAAGCCAAUUGCUCUUGGUGGAUCCCUUGGCAGAGAUGCAGCUACUGGAAGGGGUGUACUUUUCGCAACGCAAGCACUGCUUAAUGAGUUUGGAAAGAGCAUUGCAGGGCAACGAUUUGUCGUGCAGGGAUUCGGAAAUGUCGGAUCUUGGGCUGCUCGGUUGAUAAGGGAAGAAGGUGGGAUAAUUGUUGGAGUGAGUGACAUAACAGGAGCUAUAAAGAACAAUAAUGGUAUAGAUAUACCAAGCCUGAUCGAACAUGUGAAAAAAACUCGUGGAGUGAAGGGGUUCGACGGUGGGGACAAUAUAGAUCAAGAUUCAAUAUUAGCCGAGGAUUGUGAUGUUCUCAUCCCUGCAGCCCUUGGAGGAGUUAUCAACAGGGAUAAUGCAAAGGACAUUAAAGCAAAAUUCAUAAUUGAAGCUGCUAAUCAUCCUACUGAUCCGGAGGCUGAUGAGAUAUUGUCAAAGAAGGGAGUAGUUGUUCUUCCAGACAUCUAUGCAAAUUCAGGAGGAGUUACCGUGAGUUACUUUGAAUGGGUUCAGAACAUACAAGGGUUCAUGUGGGAUGAGGAUAAAGUGAAUGAGGAGCUGAAGAGAUACAUGAAAAGGGGAUUUAAGGAUGUAAAAGAGAUGUGCCGUACAUUGACACUCAAAGGCAGCAAUAGCUCAUGUGAUCUGAGAAUGGGAGCCUUGUGCUUGGGCGUUAACCGUGUUGCCACAGCUACCAUUCUCCGAGGAUGGGAAGCAUAA